AUGUCCCAACAUGACGACAAACCACCAGAAACUGACCAAAACAAGGAAGAAGAAGAACCAGCCCACAGUCUCCUCAGCUUUCUCAAUCCGCUUGGCCUCGUCUUCAUAAAUUCGUCCCUGCAACGCAUGCACUCCAGACAUACGAAUUUAUCCAGUGGAGAAAAUUCGCAAAGUAAGAAUGACGCGACAUCGCCUCCACAAGCAAAGCAAGUCACGUCGUCGUCGACGACGACAAAUAAUAAGAAGGCGUCCGUCUCUGAUUUUGACGAGGGGGGUGAAGAUGACGACAUAGGAAUUAAUAUUUCCAGCGUGGCCGCAGUUGGGGUGGCAGGGGUUCCUGACGGUGGUUACGGUUGGGUCGUUGUUUUCGCCUCGUUCAUGUGCAACGUACUCGUGGACGGGAUUGCAAACAGUUUUGGACUAUUUCUUCCCAAAUAUGUUGAAUCUUUCGACGUUGGAGCGGGUGCAGUGGCGUGGGCGGCGUCACUGCUGGUUGGCACUAUGCUGCUCAUAGGACCAAUUACCUCCGCAUUAACGAACAAGUUUGGAUGUCGAGCAGUCUGUGUGGCUGGGUCGAUUGUGGCCGCGGCAGGAUUCGCCUUGUCCUCUCUGGCAAAUAAUUUGGGCGUGCUUAUCUUCACGUAUGGUAUUAUCGGAGGAAUCGGCUGCGGUCUAAUUUAUCUGCCUGCCGUGGUGUGCGUCGGCUACUACUUCGAACGCAAACGUGCCUUUGCCACCGGGGUCGCCGUUUGUGGGUCGGGCGUUGGAACUUUAGUCUUUGCUCAGAUUGCGGAGGCGCUGCUAAAGGUCUUAUCGUGGAAGCAGGUCAACCUUAUCUAUGCUGGACUGGUACUCAUGUGUGGUGGUUUUGGAAUGCUGAUGAAACCUUUAGUCGUGCAAGUACAGCUGGAAAACGUUUACGAUGAGGAUGACGAAGAAGAGGACGAUCUGGACGAUCCGAAAUUUAUUAAGAGCAAGAGUACACAAGAGUGUGAUUCCGGCUAUUUCAUGGUCCAACUCCCCGAUGGACGGAUGGAACGAAGAUUAAAAGUACCACUUACAGGCGCCACGGACCCCGAGAAAGCAGCUUCUUCUUCCGACGGUGGGACACCACACACUCCAACGACGUCCAUCCAUAGUCAAGAAAUUCCCAAUACUGUCUCCGCAAGUGGUCGAAGACAUAGUUCUCUUCUCAAGUUUAACUACUCCAAGACGAGGACAAACUCACUAUUUAGCUACAUGGGGAGGACUUACUCCUUCCGAGCGGUCCCGAUCGGUUCAGAAAAAGCGAGUCCGAGUCGAUCCAAUCUUAGAAAUUCGAAAAUGUCGUUGGCAUCGUCAAGCAAGCAAAAGUUUAGUGUAAUUUCGGGGAGUCAAUCAGAUUUCCCAGAGGACCCCGGAGUUAUCCGACAGGAAGACCUGUUCGGGUUGAAUAGGCCAGAAUCACGCCACAUAAUUCGUCCCAUGUCACGAAAAGAUGUCUUUUACUCUGGAUCCAUUCACAAUCUUCCAGAAUAUCAGAAUAGAAAAAGUAUUACGGCGUAUCGACAAAGCGUCAUAAAUGUUGAGCCGGAUGGACGAGGAGAUGAACCACCAUCACCAGACAAAGAACCAUCACUCUUCGCCGCACAUCGUCGCCGUUUCUGCCCCUGUUUCCAUCUCCAUCCGAGCGACGCCUUUAAAACGGCACUUUCUCAAAUGACGGAUUUUUCCUUGUUGAAGAAUCCCAUCUUCAUUUUCAUCGUGGUCGCGAACGUAUUUGGAUUUCUGGGAUUUUACGUCCCCACAGUUUUCAUCGUGCCGGCCGCAAAAGCCAUGAAAGUUCGCACCACCGAGGCGUCCUCGCUUAUCUCAAUUAUGGGAGCGUCAAACACAAUAGGCCGGAUCACCACCGGGAUUCUGUCCGACCUGCCCAAAAUGAACUCACUCGUCAUGUACAACUGCUGCCUCUUCUUCUCCGGCGUCGUCAUCUCUUGCGUCCCGUGGUGCACCUCGUACGCCGACUUUAUCGGAAUUGCCAUCUUCUUCGGCCUAUUUAUCUCAGGGUUUAUUUCCCUCACGUCCAUAAUUUUGGUGAAACUUCUCGGCCUGGAAAAGUUGACGAAUGCUUUCGGCCUGCUGAUCUUGUUUUGGGGGACAGCGUCCAUCUUGGGGGUGCCACUCGCGGGCGCUUUGUUCGAUACGUUUGGAAGUUACGAUAUUCCGUUCAGGGUGGCGGGGGGAUUUUUUGUGGCGGCUGCCCUGGUCGGUGCCAUGAUUCCCAUCGUGGUCAAGUUUGGACAGCCGAAGCAUGUCUUGCAGGCGCAGAAGGAUGCGUACUAUCGUGUCGGGUAUUUGGAAGAGGAAGGAAACGGGGAGGCUGGGGACAAUGGGACAGCGACGACGACAACGUCGCCGGGGGGAGGGGGAAUUGGGGGCACGCCUGUUUCCGGGGUCCUACCAAUUUAG